UCAGAGUGAACACCCGCGGUUUGGUUUGAAAAGAAUGGCGUCUUUGGAAACCUCCUUCGAGGGAACUUCAUAUCGUGUGGUUGGCUUGGAAAAACAUGUGGGAAAGACGCUGGAGUACCUGGAGCUGGGGGCAGCCGUCAAAACCCUGCCGUAUGGCAUGGCGGAAGUAGGCGGGGGAGGAGGAGGAGAAGGAGAUGGAGGUGGCGGGGUCAUCAAAGCUCCCUUCCACACCUCCCGGAUAUUUUCCACAAUGGACCACAACCCGCUGAAAUCCAAGCCCCCGACCUACAGCUUCCUGAACCCCUACGACUGGGCCAGGAACCAGUCUCUCCUCCUGGACCAGACGGGCUACCGCUCCAAGCGCAAGCCCUCGCUCAAGACGGCGCUGAAAACCAAGAAGAUCUUCGGCUGGGGCGACUUCUACUUCAACAUCAAGACCGUGAAGUUCAGCCUGCUGGUGACGGGCAAGAUCGUGGACCACGUCAACGGCACCUUCAGCGUCUACUUCCGCCACAACUCGUCCAGCCUGGGCAACGUGUCUGUCAGCAUCGUCCCGCCGACCAAGGUGGUGGAGUUCGAGGUCCUGCAGCAGCAGCAGCAGCCGCCGCCUGAACACCCCCAGCAGGCCACCAUCGACCACAAGGAGUCCAAGAACUUCAACUGCCGGGUGGAGUACGAGAAGACCAACCGGGCGCGCAAGACCAAGCCCUGCCUGUACGACCCCUCGCAGACGUGCUUCUCCGAGCACACCCAGAGCCACCUGCACUCUCCCCGCAAAACGGACCCCUUGGUGGAGAAACAGAUGGGAGGCGAGCCGAGCAGUGGGAGGUGA